UCCUCAAACUCAAACUCAACACACACACUCUCACACACACACAUACACACACAUACAUCUCUCUGUUCUCAACAACAAAGUCCAUUAAAAUAGCUUCAAGUAUUACCAAUGGCUUCUUCUUCUAUUCAAACUCCUACUUGGAGUAACCCCGGUAACAAACUUUUACCCUCUUCAGUAUCGCGUUCGUUUUGUAAAAAAACGAACGCGAAACUGGCCAAGAAUUCGGUCGUUUGCGCCCUCCAAACGCCUUCGAUUCUUCAAAUCCCUAAACAAACCCCUCUUAAAACCGCGAAAACCGUUAAAACCGGACCUGCCCAACCAAACUGGAACGUGUUACAAAAAUUCGCAUCAAUGGCAUUGGACGCCAUCAAAGACGGGUUGACGAAGACAGACAAUUUACACCCUUUACCGAAAACAGUGGACCCGAAGGUCCAAAUCGCCGGGAACUUCUCUCCGGUACCGGAACAACCGGUGCGCCACCGGUUACCGGUGACCGGAGAAAUCCCGGAGCAUAUCCAAGGAGUUUAUUUACGAAAUGGAGCUAACCCGUUAUUCGAACCGACAUCCGGUCACCAUUUGUUCGACGGUGACGGGAUGAUUUACGCGGUUAAGUUCGAUAACGGGUCGGCUAGUUACGCCUGCCGGUUUACCGAAACUCAAAGGCUUGUUCAAGAACGCGCUAUCGGGAAACCGGUUUUCCCGAAAGCGAUCGGGGAGCUUCACGGGCAUUCCGGGAUCGCUAAGCUUUUGUUGUUUUACGCCCGCGGGAUGUGCGGGUUGAUCGACCACACGAAAGGGAUCGGUGUGGCGAACGCGGGUUUGGUCUAUUUUAACAACCGGUUAUUAGCAAUGUCCGAAGACGAUUUACCGUAUCAUGUGCGGGUCACGCCUUCGGGCGACUUGAAAACCGCGGGUCGGUUUGAUUUUGGUGGGCAAUUGGAGUCUACAAUGAUCGCUCACCCGAAAAUCGACCCGGUUUCGGGCGAGCUUUUCGCGUUGAGCUACGAUGUGAUCAACAAGCCGUAUUUGAAGUACUUUCGGUUUUCGCCGGAUGGGAAGAAGUCGAAAGACGUAGCUAUCGAUUUGGGGAUGCCGACUAUGGUUCAUGAUUUUGCGAUCACGGAGAAUUUCGUGGUGGUGCCGGACCAUCAGGUGGUGUUUAAGAUGUCGGAGAUGAUCACCGGUGGGUCGCCGGUGGUUUAUGAUAAAGAAAAGGUGUCACGGUUUGGGGUUUUGGACAAAUAUGCGGAAAACGGGUCGGGUAUUAAAUGGGUUGAGGUUCCGGAUUGUUUUUGUUUUCAUCUUUGGAAUGCUUGGGAAGAACCCGAAUCCGAUGAAGUGGUUGUGAUCGGGUCGUGUAUGACUCCGGCUGACUCAAUUUUUAACGAGUCUAAUGAGGAGUUAAAAAGUGUUUUAUCAGAAAUCCGGCUUAAUUUAAAAACCGGAAAGUCAACACGCCGGCAAAUUAUCUCGCCGGAAUAUGACGUCAACUUAGAAGCCGGGAUGGUCAACAAGAACCUUCUUGGUCGGAAAUCGCAGUUCGCGUACCUUGCGAUCGCGGAGCCGUGGCCGAAGGUGUCUGGUUUCGCCAAGGUCGAUUUGACGACUGGCGAGACCAAGAAAUUUAUUUACGGAGACCAGAAGUACGGGGGAGAGCCACUCUUUCUCCCCAGUGACGCCAGUUCUGGCGCGGAGGACGAAGGUCAUAUUCUGGCCUUUGUCCAUGAUGAAAAAACAUGGAAGUCAGAGCUUCAGAUUGUUAACGCAAUGACGAUGGAACUAGAGGCGACGGUGCAUCUUCCGUCCCGGGUUCCAUACGGGUUUCAUGGGACAUUUAUAAGUGCCAAAGAUUUGGAAACUCAAGCAUGAAAAUUAGGUGUUACCGGCGAGAUUUCACCGGAGGGAUGGCGGCAGUACGUCCCCGGAGAGUCUCCUAAAACCUUAUGGGUUGUUUUUAGUUUUCUUAAUUCUUUUGGGUUUUUUUAUAAUUACAUACUUUUUAGGGGACCAGACCAGCUUGUAGCUUUUGUGUGUGUAGGUUAGAAAAUGAAGCUCAGCUGGUUGGUAGUUAUUACGGUUGGAGUACAAUCGAGUAAGCCAUGAGUGCAAAUGAUUAAUGCAUUCCAUCUAUGUUCUAUUGUAAAUUUUGGUAUAUAAUAUGUAAAAUUCCAUCUCAUAUGUCAUUUAUCUUUCUUUUUUUCG